GGGGCUGGCGCUCUGGGGCGGGUUGCUCAGGCUGCCGUCGGCUCGGCCCGGAGCGCCCGAAGAGACGAGCCGGGGGGCCAGCCGCCCUCCUCCUCCAUGAGGCCCGAGUGAGGCGCCGAGGCGAGAGCCGGGCCGCGGCGCCUCCUCCUGCGUCCUGUCCCGGAGCGCAGCGGCAGCGGCCCCCGGAGGAGGAGGAGGAGGAGGAGGAGCAUGUCGGACGGUUUCGAUCGGGCCCCAGGUGCUGGUCGGGGCCGGAGCCGGGGCCUGGGCCGCGGAGGGGGCGGGCCUGAGGGCGGCGGUUUUCCGAACGGAGCGGGGCCUUCCGAGCGGACGCGGCACCAGCCGCCGCCGCCGCCGCAGCAGCAGCAGCCCAAAGCCUCGGGCUUCCAGCAGCCGCCGCCGCUGCGCCAGCCCAGGACGGCCCCGCCGCCAGGGGUCCAGUGCGAGGCCCCGGCCGGCUCCCAGCGGCCUCCCCGGCCCGGGGCGCUCCCAGAACAAGCAAGGCCCCUGAGAGCUCCACCUACUUCACAGGAUAAAAUCCCACAGCAGAACUCGGAGUCAGCAAUGGCUAAACCCCAGGUGGUUGUAGCGCCCGUGUUAAUGUCCAAGCUGUCUGCGAAUGCCCCUGAAUUCUACCCAUCAGGUUAUUCUAAUUACACAGAAUCCUAUGAGGAUGGGUGUGAGGAAUAUCCCACUCUAUCAGAAUAUGUUCAGGACUUUUUGAAUCAUCUCACAGAACAGCCUGGCAGUUUUGAAACUGAAAUUGAACAGUUUGCAGAGACCCUGAAUGGUUGGGUCACAACAGAUGAUGCUUUGCAAGAACUUGUCGAACUCAUCUAUCAACAGGCUACGUCUAUCCCCAAUUUCUCUUACAUGGGAGCUCGCCUGUGUAAUUACUUGUCCCAUCAUCUGACAAUUAGCCCACAGAGUGGCAACUUUCGUCAAUUGCUACUUCAAAGGUGUCGGACUGAGUAUGAAGUGAAAGAUCAAGCUGCGAAAGGGGAUGAAGUGACUCGGAAACGGUUUCAUGCAUUUGUCCUCUUCCUCGGAGAACUCUUCCUUAACCUGGAGAUCAAGGGAACAAAUGGACAGGUUAUGAGAGCAGAUAUUCUUCAAGUGGGUCUUCGAGAGUUGCUGAAUGCGCUUUUUUCUAAUCCUGUGGAUGAUAACUUAAUCUGUGCAGUGAAAUUACUGAAGUUGACAGGAUCCGUUUUGGAAGAUGCCUGGAAGGAAAAAGCCAAGACUGAUAUGGAAGAAAUUAUUCAGAGAAUUGAAAACGUUGUCCUCGAUGCCAACUGCAGCAGAGACGUAAAGCAGAUGCUCCUGAAGCUGGUGGAGCUCCGGUCGAGUAACUGGGGUAGAGUCCAUGCAACUUCAACCUACAGAGAAGCAACACCUGAGAAUGAUCCUAACUACUUCAUGAAUGAACCAACAUUUUAUACAUCCGAUGGUGUUCCCUUCACCGCAGCUGAUCCAGAUUACCAAGAAAAAUAUCAAGAAUUACUUGAACGAGAAGAUUUUUUCCCAGAUUAUGAAGAAAAUGGAACAGAUUUAUCCGGGGCUGGUGAUCCAUACUUGGAUGAUAUUGAUGAUGAGAUGGACCCAGAGAUAGAAGAAGCUUAUGAAAAGUUUUGUUUGGAAUCAGAGCGUAAGCGAAAGCAAUAAAGUAAAUUUCAGUGUAUCAGUUUUAUAAAACAGUUUAGGUAUGGUGAUUUAGCAGAAUGCAGGACAGCAAGAAAAUUUGUUAUAUCAAAUUAAGGAUCUUGAGUUACGUUACUAAUGUAUGCAACUUUAAUUUUGUUUAACACUUAUCUGCCAAAAUAAACUUUAUUCCCUAUAACUUAAAAUGUGUAUAUAUAUAAAAUAGAUUAUUAUGUACAGUUAAUUCUGUUUUGGCUGCAAUAAAAUUGAUUUUGAAA